AUGAAGAAGAAUUUUCUCUUAUUGAUUCUUCUCUUUCUAAUUCAAUUUUCUGUAUCACUUUCUUCCUCGAAUGAGACUGACCAACAAGCUUUACUGGCUUUCCAAAAUCUUAUUACACCUCCCAAUCAUUUUUUGGCCAAUAAUUGGACCAAAAAUACUUCUUUUUGCACUUGGUUUGGUGUCACUUGUACUCCAAAAAGGCAAAGGGUUAUAGCCUUGACUCUUCCUAAUUUGCAACUACAAGGUACAAUUUCCCCAUCGUUGGCCAAUUUGUCCUUUCUCAGUGUUCUCAAUCUCAAGAACAACUGCUUCCACAGUGGCAUCCCCUAUGGACUUGGCCAACUGCCUCGCUUGCGAGUGAUUAACGUUAAAAACAACCAGCUCAACGGAAGUAUACCGACAAGUCUAUUUCAACACAGGAGAGUUCAAGUAAUUUCAUUGGCUUUCAAUGAACUCAGUGGUGAAAUGUGGAGAGGGCCAUGGUAUGUACCCCAACUGAGCGUCUUAAAUCUCAGGAAUAAUAGCCUCACGGGUAUAAUUCCUCCUUCUGUUGGAAAUGCCACACAAAUGAUGAACUUCAGUUUGUAUGGGAAUAGAGUCAGCGGCAACAUUCCAAAGGAGGUCGGUAAUCUGAGCCAGAUUGCAUUUUUAUCCUUGGCCGAUAAUCAAUUAACAGGUUCCAUUCCAGCAACACUGUUUAAUAUCUCGUCCCUACUUGCCGUAUCUGUGUCACUCAAUAGCCUUUCUGGUCCUCUCUUGCUAAAUGAAGGCAAUAUUGUGUCGAAUCUGUACUUUUUAAGUAUAUCUAAAAACCAAAUUUCUGGUUGCAUUCCUUCCAACAUAUGCCAACUCACGGAGCUCCAAGUUUUGUCCAUAUCUUUCAACAACAUAUCUGGAGACAUACCUAGAAAUAUUGGUUGUUUAUCCAAGCUCGAGAUGUUCUUCAUUGGCGGAAAUCCAAUAGAAGGGACUAUUCCCACUUCAUUGGGAAAUAUUUCCACUCUGCAAUAUCUUGAUUGUAUCAACAAUUGGAUGGAGGGGAAAAUUCCUACAGAAUUAGGGAAGCUAUCAAAUUUGAGGCAAUUACGCUUUGACAAUAAUUCUAAUCUUAUUGAAUAUGGCUCGGAGGGAAUAGUGUCCACUAGUGGUGAUGUUUAUAGCUACGGCAUCAUGUUGAUGGAGGUUUUGGCGAAAAGAAGGCCAACAGAUGAAGAGAUAUGCAAUGAAAAUCUUGACUUGAGGAAAUGGAUCACACAAUCAUUUUCAGGGAGUAUGAUGGACGUUGUGGAUGCCAAUCUUUUUUCUGAGGAUGAACAAAUCACUAGUAAAAGUGAAAUGUGCAUAGCAUCCAUGAUAGAAUUGGGCUUAGACUGCACAAAGGAAAUGCCGGAAUCAAGAGUGACUAUGAAAGAAGUAGUGAAGAGGCUUAACAAAAUCAAGAACGCAUUUCUGGAAACAUAG